AUGGCCGCCGCCCCCCAGCGCCCCCCGUCGCCGCCCGAGCACGUCUACGACCCGUACCACAACGCCUACCGCUACCUGCAUAUGCCUGACACCUCGUGGAUCCGCCAUCGCGACCCCCCCGAGUUCGACGACGCAUUGCUGCAGAGCCUCGAGCAGAAGCGCCAGGAGCUCGACGCAAAGGUCACCCGCUACAUUGCGAAGAAACAGGGGCAAUUCAACGACUAUGUCGCCGAAAAGAACCGUCGCUACGACCUGCGCGCCGACGACCGCCAGAAGCGCCGCCAGGCCCAGCACGACCGCGACCAGGAGCAGGCAAUGGCCGACGUGUGCGACGACCAGACCCCCGCCCCGCAUCUCAUGGACGACGACAACGAGGCCAAGUGGUUCACAAAGCAGCGCGAAGAAGACGCGCGCAAACGGGCCGAGGCCGUGUCCGAAGAGGUCGCACACUCCGAGCCUAGGCAUUCCAGCGUGCCCGACGUUGCCGCCCACCCGGCCUCUCUGGGCAGCGUCCGUGAAAGAGACUCGGAAAUCCUGCAGCUGCUGCCCGGCUUUUUGCCCUUGCUCGAGGACCAGGACCAGCUGAGCAGCUCCGCCCCUGCUGCCAACGGAGCCAACAUCAGACCUGCCAGAGAUCCUCGCUCCGAACUCGUGCGCUCCUCCACCAUGCCGCCCGUCCUCAAGCACAGCCCGGCUCCGCGCCGCUCCUCGCUCAAGCAGUCCAAUGGAGAACGCCCGGGAAGCGCCCGUAAGGCCGUCCGUCUGAGCCUGGGUCCCAGGAUUGUAACCCCCACACAAUCGCCGCCGGAUGAUCGGCCUUUGAGCUCUAUCGAGUCCAGCGCCGAGUCAUCGCUGUCCGAAGAGACGCUUCGAGCAAUUCAAAGGGAAAUUGAGGAAGCAGACCGGUGGAAAUCGGAGCCCGAGAGGGUCUACACCGAGGAGAUUCCUACCGAAGAUUUGAUGUCAGCAUCGGCCAGCCAGGAUCACCACCGUGCGCAAGAAACGACCGUUCACAAUCAGAUUGAUACACCAGCAUCCGUGUCUCCCGAAAAGGGAAAAUCAAGAGCGCAAGCUGCUGGUGAAGAAGUUUCCAUCGACAGUUCAGGCCCAAAGAAACAGCAGUCUCCUCCCCAGAGCAAACCAAACUACGCCGAGAGUCCCAUCAAUUUCAACAAGGAAGAGAUCCCUCAACGUCCAUCUGCAAGCCUAGGGAGGAGGUCAUCACUCACCGAGGAGGCCAAGUCGGCGCCGAAGGAGCCGAAGAAGAAGAAGAAGAAGAAGUCCAAGACGCAGUCGAUCACCGGCUUACCCACAUACACUCCUGUACGAGCGCCCACGACAACAGCUCUCUCGUCCACGGCGCCUGAGAUUGGCGCCUCCUCUGCCCGCAGCAUUGGGCCUGCUUACCAGCCCGCUUCUCCAAAUGCGUCCACCUCUCUCUUGUCAAGUAGCUUUGUCGACGCCAACAACACCGGUAUUUUCUAUCCAACUCGCUCCCGCCCGCCACCAAGCCACAUGAGACCAGACGAGACGUCCCUCAGCGCUGUCGAGGUACCUCUGCCAGUGGGAGGAUUCAGCAGCGAAAGCGUGUCGAACAGCUAUGGAAGUGUGCUGCGGGGGACCAGCCUGGGCGAGUCGUUCAUGGCGCUGAACUUUGCGCGGCGUAUGGCGGAGAGGGAGAAGGCGCAGAACGAAAGCGCAGGCAGGAAGAAGAACAGCAAAGCUGGAUCGACGUCUUUGCAGCAGCCGCUCAAAGAAGAGGACGAGGAAGAUGAGGAGGGCCGUGACUCCGAGGCGGAAAGACUGGCUAGGAAACGCGAAGAAAAAUACUCAAGGGACAGGGAGCUGGACGAAGAUGAAUUUGCAGGAGAACUGGAUCUAUAA